CUUACGAGUCUUCUCACUGUUAUCGCCUAUCUAUCAGCUGUGUACUCGAUCUAAUGUCAGGCUACACAUGGUGUUGCUUUGCAAAGACAUCACUGAUGUACAUUACUUCAGGUAUAUGAAUGAUGGGAAACUGCUAUCACAAAAACAACAGGGAUGGAAAGCAAGACGCACAAGGUCAAGAAGAAACAUUGUAUGCAAACGUGGCUGUUGGGGAGACACCUGUGAAUGAGGAUGUUUUGUACUCUACCAUUGAUCAUGUGGACCCUGCAAAUUCUAGAAAGACAGUGGAGAUGAGGGAUAACUGUGACUAUGCAGUUGUCAGUCUACCAUCUGUCAAAAAACGAAACAGCAGUAAUGAAGACUGUAAUGAAGAUUAUGUUCUAAUGGGUUAAAUCUAGAAUCCUAAUAUUGCAUGUUUGUAAAGUAUUUUAAUAUGAUGAAAUAUUCAACACCUGAAUGCAAUAGAUUUGUAAAUAGGCCUAUACCUAAACUUAUAUUUCAUUAUCUGGAAAAUUCUAUUUACUACUGUGCUACCUCAGCAAAACAGUAUGUGCAGCAUGAGGCUCUCUGUUUAGUUUUUACAAGCCAGCAGGAGUAGGCUGAACAUUUAAAGUGGAGCACUAUAAUCUGAGAGUUGACAAAAUGUUGUGUCGCAUGUUUUAACUUUCCUGAGUUGUAUACUGAUGACAUCUUGUGCCUUGGAUUUUUUUUCUGCAUACCAGUAAUGUAUGUACAAACUAUAUAAUGUUUACUAGCUAGUAUUAUAAGCUAUUAAAUAAUUUAAAAGUACUUUA